GCAAGCACACGCACGAACAAGCUUCGACAUGGUUUCCAAACUCAAACUAACAAAAGUUAAAUGGAAAAAACGAAAAAGCUAUCGAGGAGAAGAAGAACGAAAAAGUUAAAAGUAAAAGGUACAGCUCAUGCUUCAGAUAGCGGCGGCCAUUCGGAAUCGCGACCUCGUUAUCAGGGUUUAAACCUCCUUCUCCUCCUCCUCCGCACUGCUGCUCAUCACGAGGCACCAGCGCCAACGCUGAUGUGCACAACUGAAAGAAGGAAACGGAAAAGAAAACCCCUUUUAGCAGCGAGUAAUCCCGACAAAACAGAAGCUACAAAUCGAGCUUUUCCUUCUGGGAAUAAGUGUGUUUUUUCGAGAACCUGGUGGAUGACUGACUACAUGCAUUCCUGCAUCGUUGCAACAGCGAGCUGCUCGACGAAAGCGUUGGCUGGUUUGAGUUGGGAAGAUUUCCCCGUUCCCUGGAGAGAUCAAUCGCGCGAGCUGCCGGAUCAGAGGGAAAGUGGGGGACGGUCGGAUCAGUUGUGCCACGUUCUAGAUCGCAUAUAACCGGUCGAUGUGGGCCCAGAUCUGGCCGAAUCUCCCGGUCUCAGAUCACACCUUUUGGUGCUCAAAUGUUAGGGGUGGCGGGCUUAAAUUUCCGCACAGCUGAUCUAGGACAGAUUGUCAUUCAGGGAAGGUCAGUGUUGCUCACCAGAUCGACCCUCGUUGCCUGUGCCCGCUACUACCUGGUCUGCAAUCUGUACAAGUGCAAUGGUUGCUGUACUGUCUGCCGUAUCAUUCUGAUGCAGUAUGGUUGCUUUGGCGAGAGUUUCUGGACGAGGGUGAGCGAUUGUGUUAGUGCCGGCAGCACUGUGUCUGAUACUGAGGCAACGUUGACAAAGAGGCGGCUGCGUUUGUCAGAUUCCGUCAGUUGGUUGCUUCGAACAGUGCGUUUUAGUUUGAUCGAUGUGCUGCGCGGCAGCGGAUCAGCUUAAGUGGGUGGAGCUGUGUGGGUUUCGUCCUUCCUCCUGUUAGAGAAAACUGCGCACGGCGAGGUCGAGCGUUAACAA